CCUCCAUGGAGCGGACUGACUCUCUCCCUCCAUCCCGGACCAGGCUGCUUGUCUGCGGCUUGACUUAGUAGCGCGGACCGCCCCCACCUCCCUCCCUCCUCUCUGGACUGGACCAGAACCAACCCCGAAGCGAACCGAGCCGGGGCCUGGCAGCCAUCCCGAGCCGAGCCGCUGUGAGUCCCUCCGGGGAGUCGGUCUGCACAGCGGGGACUCUGCAGCUGCGUGUCCGCCUGGAUGGAGGCUCCGGGCGGCUCGAGGAGGAGGAUCGUCCCGCUGCUUCUAGUUCUGGUUCUGACGCUGUGCUGCUCCGCUGAGAGGGUGUGUUACUGCAGUGGGACGUCCUCCUGUCACUGCGAUGGGGUCAAAGGUCAAAAGGGGGAGUCUGGUUACCCUGGAUACCCAGGACUUCCUGGAGUCACGGGUUACCCUGGAAAAGAAGGUCACCCCGGCCCAUCUGGAGAAAAGGGUGAUCUUGGAGCAGCAGGACGUCCUGGACUGAAAGGAUCUAGGGGUCAUCCAGGAGAUCCAGGACUUCUAGGACAUCCAGGACUUCCUGGAAUCCCUGGAAAUGAAGGACCAAUGGGCCGGCCUGGACUUCACGGAUGCAAUGGGACAAAGGGGGAUUUCGGGUUCCGAGGUUUCCCCGGGGUCCCUGGACCUCCCGGCCCUCGAGGCCGUGAUGGAGAGCGAGGGAUGAAGGGAGAGUCGUUCGUGUUCUCCAUCAGUCAGGACAUCAAAGGAGUCACAGGACCACCAGGACCCAACGGAGAACAGGGGCCACCAGGUUCUCCAGGUUUUCCAGGUUCUCCAGGACCUCCAGGACCCAGCGGAUAUUCCGGGCGCCCGGGGUUGCCGGGGUUACCGGGAGAGAAGGGUCAAGAAGGUCAGCGUCCGGUGGCGUCUGGUCCUGCUGGUGAGAAGGGCGAUCGAGGACCUCGGGGAAUUCCUGGACAGAAAGGAAUCAAACUGUACGUUGAAGGACCCAAGGACCUGAAGGGAGAACCAGGAGACCCUGGAGAGAAAGGUUGUCGUGGACCUCCUGGCAUCCCGGGGAACCCGGCGAUUAAAGGAGAGAAGGGCGAUCGAGGAGGUCCUGGAGCAGUGGGUCGACCAGGGAAGUACGGACUCCCUGGAGUUCUUGGAGUACCGGGGGACCCCGGGGACGUUGGGUACUUCGGUCCUGCUGGCAUUGAUGGCGCCCCGGGAGAGAAAGGGGACCGCGGUCUUCCAGGUCUUCGAGGAGAGACAGUCUGGAACCAUCGAUACCUGAAGGGCCAGCAUGGGGUCCCUGGGAUCCCUGGGGACCCAGGAGACCCCGGACAGGAAGGACUCAUCGGUUUUCCUGGGCUCAGCGGUGAUCCAGGUGUGGCUUCUCCUGGUCCACCAGGCCAUCAGGGACCCCCAGGCUCAUUCGGACCUAAAGGAGAUAGAGGAGAUCCGGGCCAAAAUAUUAUUGGUUCACCAGGAUUAAGUGGACCUCCGGGCAGUCCGGGGGCUGAAGGAGAACCGGGAGAACCAGGAAUACCAGAUCUCCUGGAAGGAGGCGUUGGUCGUCCAGGAGCUAAAGGUGUUAAAGGCCUAAUGGGAGUUACUGGAAACAGAGGGAUGGGGGGACAGACAGGUGACAAGGGGCAGGUGUGCAUGGUCUGUCCUGUUAUUUAUGGGAAACCUGGUCCCCCAGGUAAUCCAGGAAUUCCAGGUGAAAAGGGGCGGGCAGGUUCAGAUGGUGCUCCAGGACCAGAAGGUCAGAAAGGGGUGGAAGGUAUCAGAGGAGCACCUGGUCCACAGGGCACCUAUGGUUUGCCCGGCCCCCAGGGGCCCCCAGGGCCUCCUGGUGAUCAGGGAAUCAUGACAAAGGUUGGCCAGAAAGGAGAGGAGGGAUCCAUUGGCCGGCGGGGACGUCAAGGCCUCGAUGGGCCAGAUGGACCUCCAGGAUUUCCAGGACCAAAAGGUUUACUAGGACAGAAAGGAAACCCAGGGCCUCCAGGGCAAAAAGGUGACAGGGGCCCCCAGGGGAGGACUGGUGCCAGAGGACUGGUAGGACAAGUGGGGCCUACAGGACCUGCUGGUCGCGGGCAGCCAGGGCCUCCAGGACCUAAAGGCAAUGUAGGAACCUGGGGACCUCCAGGAGAACCUGGAAGGCCAGGUGAAAAAGGUUCUCCAGGUGGAACUGUAACUUAUCCAGGAGAUCCAGGCCAGAAAGGAGAGAAAGGUGCAUCAGGAUAUCCAGGACGUGCAGGUGUCCCGGGACUCCGUGGUCAAACAGGAUAUUAUGGCCCAAAAGGAGAAAAAGGAGAUAAAGGAUAUUCCCUCAGGGGGCACCCGGGCUUCCCAGGGGUCAAAGGAGAGAAGGGCGUUCCAGGAGCUCCAGGUCUACAAAGUUUUGGCAUCAAGGGACGAGCGGGGCCAUCAGGGCCCCCAGGGAUGCCGGGGCCAAAGGGAGACAAGGGUUUCGGUUUCCCGGGCCUGCAAGGUCAGAUGGGCCCUCAGGGAGAAGAUGGCUCUGUGGGACCCCCAGGACACCCAGGACCUACAGGGAUACAGGGAGUUCCAGGACUGCCAGGACUAGAUGGUGAACCAGGACCCAAAGGUCAUGCUGGUCUGGAUGGAGUUCAGGGCCCGGAGGGUUUGGUUGGACUUUGUGUACCUGGAUCUCGAGGGCCUAAAGGAGAGCAGGGACCAAGGGGGGUCAUUGGAUUCAGAGGAGUCCAGGGCAUAAAGGGGAUGAAAGGAGUUGCUGGGGCGCAGGGUGUGGGGGCCCAGGGACCUCAGGGACCGUAUGGGUCUCCAGGGUUUCCAGGAGAUCCAGGUCCAGAAGGAGUUAUGGGAGAGAAAGGCAAAACAGGAAAGAAUGGGGAACCAGGAAUCCCAGGGAACCGAGGGGACAUGGGUCCUCCAGGACCAACUGGGAGUCCAGGGUUUGAUGGGAGACCAGGGGAAUCCGGACAACCAGGACCAAGAGGUCAUGUUGGUGUAGAUGGGGUCAGUGGUUCGCAGGGGCCUGCGGGGCCACCAGGGGACAGAGGAGAAACUGGACCAAAAGGAUUCCAGACAGAUGUUGCAGUUCCUGGAGAUCCUGGAAGCCCCGGAGAUCCUGGGUUUCCAGGUCGUCCUGGCCCUGAAGGAGAGCCAGGUCCCCCAGGACCACAGGGACCGGAUGGCAUCAACGGUGGACCCGGAACUGUUGGCCCCGAAGGACUUCCUGGAGACCCAGGAAGAGAUGGAGAGAAAGGUCUUCCUGGACCCACUGGACUCCCAGGCAACCAGGGAGAUAUGGGGAUGCCAGGUUGUAAAGGCGAGAAAGGUCACAAAGGCCAAUGUGGCCCACCUGGUGAAGAUGGAACAAAAGGAAACGACGGACCGAAAGGUUGCAAAGGAGAACCAAGUCCACCUGGACCAGGACCUAAAGGAUGUCCUGGACAGAAGGGGAAUCCAGGAUGUCCAGGAUCACCCGGUGCGAAGGGACCCCCUGGAAACCGUGGAGAUUUUGGUCCUCCAGGACCCUAUGGGCCCUGUGGCCCCAGAGGACCCUCUGGACCCCCUGGAUGUAGAGGUCCCCCUGGACCUCCUGGAGUAAAAGGUUGUGAUGGUCCACCAGGAACUAAAGGCCCCACAGGAAACCCCGGUUUCCCAGGCAACAAGGGGGCUCCUGGAGACCCUGGUCUACCUGGUGGCAGAGGAAACCAGGGACAGGAUGGGAUACCUGGACCUCCUGGAGAGAAAGGAGCCAUGGGAUGUCCUGGAACUGGACCUCAAGGCCCAGACGGAGAGAAAGGUCCACCCGGAUGUCCUGGAGAAAAGGGUCCUCCUGGUUCCUGUGGACCCCCUGGGCCUUUGGGUCCUGAAGGAGAUCGAGGGUUUCCCGGUUUUCCUGGACCUCCUGGUCCUCCUGGUUAUACUGGCAUGAAGGGAUUCUGCAUCCCAGGAGAUAAAGGAGAAAAAGGAUUUCCGGGACCUCCUGGACCCAAAGGUCCACCUGGCUGUAAGGGUCCUCCUGGUCCUCCAGGUCCUGGUAAUAAAGGGGAGAAGGGAUGUAAAGGGGGACCAGGUCAACCAGGACCACCUGGGAUGCCUGGUGACCCGGGCCCAGCUGGCGAGCCGGGUAAAGACCAACAGCCAGGACCACCGGGGCACAAAGGACUGAGGGGACGUACUGGUGAAAGUGGCCGUGUUGGUAUGGCGGGAGAGGUCGGACCACCAGGUGGCCCUGGACCCCCAGGACCAAAGGGGCCGAUGGGGAUUAAAGGAAAGAGGGGCAAUGAUGCAACGCAAGGAGUGGUGGUGGAGAUGGGAGAACAAGGUAGGGAAGGAAACCCGGGGCUCAAAGGAGAACGAGGACCCCAUGGGUGGCCUGGGAGACCUGGAGCCGAAGGUAGAAAAGGCGUCACCGGGGCCCCCGGGCGGAAAGGAGCACGUGGGGGUUUAGGACUGAAAGGAGAGGAUGGAAACCGAGGAGAACCCGGACCUAAAGGUGCUGCUGGUCUACGUGGUGCCAAGGGAUUUAAAGGUAGACCAGGUCCAGAAGGUGAGAGUUCCCCCAUGCCCUGGAGGAACGGCUUCUUGUUCACCAAACACAGCCAGGAACUCUCCGUGCCCCAGUGCCCCCCAGGAUCCUCCUCCUUGUACGACGGAUACUCGCUGCUGUUCAUCAACGGAAACAACCGAGCUCACGGGCAGGACCUGGGUACAUUAGGUAGUUGUCUACCUCGCUUCAGCACCAUGCCCUUCAUGUUCUGCAACACUCAUGAAACCUGUCGCUACGCCUCCCGCAACGACUACUCCUAUUGGCUGUCCGUCAACGAAACGGUGUCAAACCUCCAAGAGCCAAUCAGCGACAGUUUUGUGGAGAGUCACAUCAGCCGAUGUUCAGUCUGUGAAGCCAGAGCCAACGUCAUGGCCGUCCACAGUCAGACCAACGUCGCUCCAGACUGUCCGUCGGGUUGGGACUCUCUCUGGAAGGGAUACUCCUUCGUCAUGGAAACGGGAGUGGGGGCGGAGGGGUCGGGGCAGCCGCUGGCUUCACCUGGAUCCUGUCUGGAAAAGUUCAGGAAGGUCCCAUUCAUCGAGUGUCAUGGAAAAGGAACCUGUGACUUCUACAGCGACUCCUUCAGCUACUGGCUGGCGGCUCUCAACCCCAACGACAUGUUUAGGAAACCAGAACCUAAAACUGACACAGGACCCCUUCCAGACUAUCUGAUCAGUCGCUGUCGAGUCUGCAUGAAGCAGCUGUGAACAUCGACGCUGAUACUACUGAUACUACUGAUACUACUGCUGUAAAUACUACUGAUGUAAAUACUACUGCUAACACUACUGCUGACUCAUACUGCAGGUAAACAGUGUCACUACAAACACUGAUGCUGGAAACACAACAACCACUCUGAUCUGUUUUUAAAUACUAUAGUUCCCAUGAGCCCCGGCUGUCGCCAUAGGGAUGAAUACUUUGUAGAAAGUGUGUAGUUGUGUGUGUUCUUUAAUUUCCCAGACCAGUCUCUGAUUGGUUGGAGGACUGCCCAUUUGGAUCCAGAUUCAGAGUCUAAACUAGGACUCCAUAACCAUCUGGACCAUGAUCCUGACCCUGGUCUCUGUGUAUAGGUCAGUAACAUAGUGUCUGAUUAAUUAGUGAUGAACUGAAAUAUCUCCUAGAUCAGAGAAACCACCCUGAUACUAAUGACAUCAUCCUGAACUCAUCCAUCUACCCCUGGGCCAGACCUGGACCAGACCUGGACCCAGAGGUUCUAGAAACACCACAGAGCUCACAUGUUCUCCAAAGGUUCUAGUGAAACAGAACCAGGUCCACUCUCCAUCUGGACAUUAGGAUCAAACCAAAGAACCCAA